AUGCCUUUUUGCUUACAUUAUUGUGAACAAACAGCAUGUUAAAUACCUUGCUAGUGUAAAUAUCGUUUACAUCGUAAGUGAAUAUAAGUUAAAUUCGUUAAACCAUUGGUCGUUCUAAAUCAGGACCCAAUUUCAACAUUUAACAAUGUAUUCGUGUGCUUGGAAUCAGGGAAAAUGUCUUCACUUUGAAGGCGAACCUAGACAAAACAUUGUAGACAGAUUUCCGUCCAUGUGACCUCACAUCAAAGUAUAGUUGGGUAUGAAGCAAAGCAUAUGUGUGCUUUUCUCUCAUGUUUAGCAUAUGCUUUUGUUAGAUCUUGACUUUAUAUUCGUAUUUUAAGAUGCUCAAUCAAGUCUUCCCCAACAAUCACCAAAAAAUGGAUUGGGGAUCCAAGGUAACAAGAGUUGCAGAUGAAUUUGCCUCUAAUGAAUUGCCUCAGUUUCUGAGAGAUCGAGCUGGCCUUUUUUUCCUGUCUACGGAAACAGACACUAUGUUCAUCCUCACUGCUUAUUUGAAAGGUUAUACACGAGGAAACAUAAAGAUGGAUAUUAUUGAAGAAGGCACUAAAAUGGUGGUAGCAUGUGAGAAGCCAGUCCAAGAAACUGUAGCGAUCGGGUCAAAAGUGAUCAAGAAAGAUGUAGCAAUUAGAAAAUUUACAAAAGUUUUCAAGAUUCCAGUUGGGGUAAUCUUGGAUCAAAUUAAAACCAAUCUCAACGAAGAAGCCUCCAUUCUGACUAUUACAAUGCCAAAGAGAGUGACGGGGAUUCUUGGUACUGGAAUUCAAGAAGUGGAGGAAGCAGAAUUCUCAUCAGCUAGUCCAGAAUCUGGAUAUCAGAAAGAACAAGUGAGCCAAGAAACAGAAAUGCAGUUUGCAGGUUUUCCAACAUAUGUCCCAAAAGCUCAUGAAGAAGUUGAAAAACAGGGUGCUAAAGACGAAGUUCCUCGAAGGGAAACCGAAAAGCCAAAAGCAGAACCAAACAGACAGAAAGAUGAUAAAGUUUGUGAAAAAGCAAAUGGGAUUAAAGAAGAAGAGAAGAGAAGGGAAGAGGACAAACUGCCUGAGGGAAGGAGCAAGAUAUGUGUUCCUGUAAUUGCAGGCUCAGCUGUAAUUUUAUCUCUAGUCGUCUUUGUUAUUCAUUUCAUGAGAAAAAAGAAUCAAUCUAGAAAAAGAAAAGAAUAAGACAAAGAACAUUGUAUUAUGUAUAUUCACAUGUAAUAUUCAUUUAUUGUAAAAAGAAAAAAGAAAAAAUAAAGAAGAAGAGUGAUGUUCUACUUUUGAGGAUUA